UAGCUGGAGAACAUCCAACCCAUUCCAUGCAGCUGUUUUGUUAAUGGACAAAACUAUUUGGCAGUGAAAAAACUAAAAGGAAAUGAACAUUGGCAGACACUGUCCAUAACUAUACCAAUGGGGCUUAAAAAACAACAGAGAACAUUAUGCAGUACAUGAAUGGUUACGAUACUGUGUGCACAAUUAUUAGGAAAGUGAAUUUUAAUCGUUUAAUGAGGGAGGGUGUGGCUUAAAGUGAUUAACACCCUACAUCAGGUGAGCAUAAUUAUUAGGCAGCUUCUCUACUUCAAGAAAAUGGGCCAAAAAAAAGAUCUAACUAAGACUGAAAAGUAAAAAAAAAAAAUUGUACAAUUGUAAAAUUCUUAUCAGAGGGAUCUGGCGCACUGCAGAUUGCAAGACUAUGGAGGCCUGACCACCUGACAAUCAAAUACUUUAUUAAGAAUACUCAAGAUUGUAAAAAAAAAAUGUGUGGAGAAGAAAGAGUGCAAAAUUGACUGCAAAAGACUUCAAAAGAGCAAAAUGUGAGGUUAUCAGGAACCUGUUAGUCUCCAGUGCAACCAUAUUUCAGAACUGCAACCUUCUAGGAGUGUCCAGAAGUACAAGAUGUCAAGUCUUCAGAGGCAUGGCUAAGGUAAGGAGGGCUGAAACAUGACCACCACUGAAUAAGAUUCAUAAGCUGAAGUGUCAUGACUGGAGUUUGGACCAAGAAAUACCUGAUGGCCUAUUUCUCAAAGGUUUUAUGGGCAGAUGAAAUAAGAGUGACUCUAGAUGGACCAGAUGGAUGGCCUGUGGGGGGAUCACUAAUGAUCAAAGUACCAGUUCAAGUGAUGUGUCAGCAAGGUGAAGGAGGGGGACUGCUGUGAGCUGGUAUCAUUUAAUGAUGAGCUAGUUGGACUUUUUUUGGGUUAGAUGGACUGAAAAUCGACCCCCAACCUACUGCCAGUUUCUAGAAGGCACUUUCUUCAAGUAGUGGUACAGGAAGAAGUCAAUGAGACCGUCAAUGAUGGCAUAGCUCACCCUGGCCCCAUCUAGUUCAGAAGGAACGAUCUAAAGUGGGCCUCCUUGUGCAAUAAAUGUUGCAAGCUAUAUACAAGCUAUUUAUAUAUUUAUAGAAGCUAUAUACACCCUAGGAAUACUUACCUAUUUGCCAGAAAGAAAUCCAAAACAGCGAAUAAAUUAUUUUUGUUGAACUGCUCAUUAAGGCUUAAUUAGUUCAUAACUUCAUUAAUAAUUGUAAUUAAGCAAAUCUGGGUAGAAGUUAUAUGCACCCUAGGUACCCCUACCUUCAUGCCAGAAAGAAUCAAACUCGGUGAAGAAUUGAGGGAGAAGAAGCGAUUUGUGUGGAAACUGCUUGUUAGGGCUUAAUUACUCCAUAUCUUCAUUAUUAAUUGCAAUUAUGCAAAUUUGGGUAGAAGCUAUAUGCACCCCAGGCAGACCUACCUUCCUGCCAAAAAGAAUAAAAAUCAGUGAAGAAUUGAAAGAGAAGAAGCGAUUUUCAUGAGAUGUGGAUGACGCCGGAUGGACGCUGGACAACACAUGAUGGCAUCGACUCAUCGCCUGUUGGCCGGAUGAGCUAACAAGAUUCAAGAAGGCUAUAAUCUUUAUGCAGGACAAUGCUCCAUUGUAUACAUCAAGGUAUACCUGGCUAGCAAGCAAAAACAUCAAAUGUGACAGAAUGAUAACCUGGCCCCCUUCCUUACCUGACUCAAAUCAUAUUGAGAACUUCUCGGCCAUUCUCAGGCAUGAGAUUUACAGUGAGGGGAGAUGAUACAUCAAUUUGAGCAGCAUUUGGGAAGCUGUGGUGGCUGCGUCAGCUAUAAUUGAUCAUGAAUAGAUCAAGAAACUGACGGAGUCAAUGGAUGGAAAGCUCAUCUCAUCUCAUUAUCUCUAGCCGCUUUAUCCUUCUACAGGGUCACAGGCAAGCUGGAGCCUAUCCCAGCUGACUACGGGCGAAAGGCGGGGUACACCCUGGAUAAGUCGCCAGGUCAUCACAGGGCUGACACAUAGACACAGACAACCAUUCACACUCACAUUCACACCUACAGUCAAUUUAGAGUCACCAGUUAACCUAACCUGCAUGUCUUUGGACUGUGGGGGAAACCGGAGCACCCGGAGGAAACCCACGCGGACACGGGGAGAACAUGCAAACUCUGCACAGAAAGGCCCUCGCCGGCCACGGGGCUCGAACCCGGACCUUCUUGCUGUGAGGCAACAGCGCUAACCACUACACCACCGUGCCGCCCGGAUGGAAAGCUCAUGGUGGUUAUUGAAAAGAAGAAUGGCAAUAUUCAUCACUGAUGAAAUUUUGAUGGACCAUUUUUUUGGUCAGUUAUGUUAUGCUAGCUAUUGGUUAAAUUGACGGAGGUCUUUUCAACCUUCGAAGACUUCAGGCUAAGACGAAAGUCCACAUCACCUCUAUCCGGGAAUUUCUCUUUGCGGGCAACUGUGCACUCAAUGCCCUGACUGAGGAAGAGAUGCAAGAGACCAUGGACCACUUUGCAGCUGCAUGCACAGACUUCGGACUGACCAUAAACACCAAGAAGACAGAGGUGUUGCACCAACCUGCACCAGGUCAGCUAUACAUCGAGCCUCAGAUCACCACUGGAGGUGAGCUGCUGACUACAUGUGAGAAGUUUGUGUACCUUGGCAGCACCUUGUCGCACAGUGUCCACAUUAACCAAGAAGUCAGCUGUCGCAUCUCCAAGGCAAGUGCAGCAUUUGGCAGACUGCAGUCCUCUGUGUGGGAUCACCAUAGAAUUUCUCUCAGUACAAAGCUGCAAGUCUAUCAAGCAAUAGUCAUCACUUCACUCCUUUAUGGCUGUGAAAUGUGGACAGUCUACAGCCGUCACGCAAAGCAACUGAAUAGGUUCCACAUGUGCUGCCUGCGAAAAGUUAUGCAUGUCACAUGGCAAGAGAAAAUUCCAGACACAGGGAUCCUAGGCAGAGCAAACCUCCCAAGCAUCUUCGCCAUGCUGAAGCGCUCACAACUCCGAUGGUCUGGUCAUGUCCACCACAUGGCUGAUGACCGGCUUCCCAAAUGUCUACUAUACGGAGAGCUGUGUGUGGGGUGUCGCUCGCAGGGUGGUCAGAGGAAAAGAUACAAAGAUGCCCUCAAGGCUAAUCUGAAGUGCUGUAACAUCUGCCCAGAGACCUGGGAAAGUGUGGCCGCCAACCGAAGCCACUGGCACGCUGCCAUCACCAUUGCCAUCAAGCACUUUGAGCAACAGCGCAUCCUAGAAAUGCAAGCCAAGCGCCAUCAGAGAAAGAGCCGCACAUGAAGCCCCACUUCAUCUUCACCAAGUCAUUCUCCACCCCUCACCUCAUUAACAUGCCCUCACUGUCAUUGCACAUUCCAUGCAAAGAUUGGCCUCAUAAGCCACCUUUGCACACACCAACGAUGAAGAAUCAUGGUCACCUUCGAAACCGAAGGACGAACAUCAUCAUUGGUUAAAUGAUACUUUAAGACUGAAAUAAGUGAAAAUAAGCAAGUGAAAAUAAUAUUGAAAUUUACUUGUCUAAUUGUGCAUACUAAUAAUCUUCUCUGAGAAAAAAAAACAAAUCUCAUUUUUCUUUGUUAAACAUUCUAUUUUGAUGUGAAAUAAAAAAAUUAAGAUCAAAUGAGACCAUAUUAUUUGUUCAUGAAUAAAAUUAAGCUGAGAAAUACCAUUUGCCUAAUAAUUGUGCACACGAUCUACUGUUUCUAACAUACCUUUUUUUCUUUGCUAAAUUCUUGCAACCUCUAACUGAAACCCAAAACCAUAUAAUAAAUAUUGCAUUUUACC